GUGUUCUUCGCGCGGCGCUUGACCGACGCAACGGCCGCGAAUACUCCCUACUUCCCGAAGCUUAGGGGCUGGGUCUGGGCCUAAACCCGGGGCCUAAGCCUGGGCCCGCGGACGCCAAUGAUUCCGCAAAUUCUUCGCGAUUCGUCUCCUCCUUCUCCUUGCGCUCCCGACUCCAACUUGUUUACUUUUCCCUGUGAUCAAUUUAUCUUCGCCAACCGUUCACAUAACCUUGCUUCCGAUUGUCAAAUGUAGGUUAGAUCGGUUCGGAACGGUCGUCUCUCCUGCGGCGCAUCAGUCCUACUCUUUAUUCCGCUGCUCCUGAUUUAACUCGCAUUUUCCUCUCUUCCUUAUCGAAUAUUUAUUAUCUUGUCCUUGCGUUGUCGCGCAUUUUUCACGAUCCGCGAUCCAUUUCGAUUCAUUUUCGAUCCAAUACGGACACGUGCGACGCAAACACCUUUGACUUUACGAUUCCCUUCGAUUCCCUCCAACGUUUCUUUCUUUUGGCGUAAACUUUUAUCACAUAAUUCUGCUAAAUUUCACUUAUUUUGUAUGCGCAACAUUUCCAAUUACCAACACGACAGGAUACUUAUUCGUUGAAAAGCAAAUCUCGGGGGUGUCAAAAUUGGCUCGUUACAUAUUUGCUUCGUUCAAUUAUAAAAGAUAAAAGGUACGGAAGAAUAUAUAAUUACGCGAUACAAUGGCAACUUUGGCUGAGCAAGCAUCUAAAUUAUUGGACUUCAAUCAGAAAUUGGAUAUAACGCUCCUCGACAAUAUAGUAGGAUGUAUGUAUACUGGCAUAGGUGAGCAACAAAGAGUCGCCCAAGAAGUGCUAACAACCCUCAAAGAACAUCCAAAUGCUUGGACACGAGUAGAUACCAUUCUAGAAUAUUCACAGAAUCAACAAACAAAAUAUUACGGCUUGCAAAUAUUGGAGCAAGUUAUAAAGACACGAUGGAAAGUGCUACCGAGAAAUCAGUGCGAAGGUAUAAAAAAGUAUAUUGUAGGCCUUAUCAUAAAGACAAGCAGCGAUCCUGAGACAAUGGAAGCUUCCAAAGUUUAUCUUAACAAACUCAAUAUGAUCCUUGUGCAAGUAUUGAAACGUGAGUGGCCGAAAAAUUGGGAGUCCUUUAUCAGUGAUAUUGUCGGUGCGAGUAAAACUAAUGAGAGUCUCUGUCAAAACAACAUGGCUAUUUUGAAACUUUUGUCAGAGGAAGUAUUUGACUUUUCUAGCGGCCAAAUGACUCAGACAAAAGCAAAACAUUUAAAGGAUACAAUGUGCAGUGAAUUUUCACAAAUAUUUCAGCUUUGCCAAUUUGUGAUGGAUAAUUCACAAAAUGUUCCAUUAGUAGCAGUCACAUUAGAGACGCUACUAAGGUUUUUAAAUUGGAUACCUCUUGGAUAUAUUUUUGAAACUAAAUUGAUAACUACUUUAAUAUUCAAGUUUUUGAAUGUACCAAUAUUUCGAAAUGUUACUCUGAAGUGUCUAACUGAAAUCGCGGCCGUUACCGCCACUGUGCCGAAUUAUGACGACAUGUUUGUUAUAUUAUUUAUCAAUACGAUGCAGCAAUUAGAACUAAUGCUCCCGCUAGAAACCAACAUACGCGAAGCAUAUGCAGCUGGCCAAGACCAAGAACAAAAUUUUAUCCAAAACCUAGCUAUGUUUCUUUGCACUUAUCUCAAAGAUCAUGGCGAGCUAAUAGAGAAGAAACAAUUGAAUGAAACGCUAGUGAAGGCAUUACAUUACCUCGUUCUCAUAUCUGAAGUAGACGAGGUUGAAAUAUUUAAAAUUUGUUUAGAAUACUGGAAUGGAUUAGCCGCCGAUUUGUAUAAAGAAAAUCCUUUUGUUACCUCUUCGCCACUUUUCAUGUCUAAGAACAUGACGGUUCCUCCUCGGAGAUUAUUUUAUGGUCCAGUUUUAACAAAAGUACGAUAUAUCAUGAUCAGCAGAAUGGCAAAACCUGAAGAAGUGCUUGUCGUAGAGAACGAAAAUGGAGAGGUUGUCAGAGAAUUCAUGAAAGAUACCGAUUCUAUAAAUCUCUAUAAAAAUAUGAGAGAAACUCUUGUAUAUCUUACUCAUCUCGAUUAUUUGGAUACGGAAAGAGUAAUGACAGAGAAAUUACAGAAUCAAGUUAAUGGUACAGAGUGGUCCUGGAAGAAUCUCAACACGUUAUGCUGGGCAAUAGGCAGUAUUUCUGGUGCUAUGCACGAAGAAGACGAAAAACGCUUUUUAGUAACUGUAAUCAAGGAUUUACUUGGUUUGUGUGAACAAAAGAAAGGAAAAGAUAACAAAGCUAUAAUUGCUAGCAAUAUCAUGUAUGUUGUUGGCCAGUAUCCACGAUUUCUUCGAGCUCAUUGGAAAUUUUUAAAGACUGUUGUAAAUAAACUUUUUGAGUUCAUGCAUGAAACACAUGAUGGAGUGCAAGAUAUGGCCUGCGAUACUUUUAUUAAAAUAGCACUGAAAUGCAGACGACAUUUUGUUACUAUACAAAUUGGAGAAGCAAUGCCAUUCAUUGAAGAAAUUCUUUCCACAAUUAGUACCAUCAUAUGCGAUCUUCAAACACAACAAGUACAUACAUUUUAUGAAGCAGUUGGUUAUAUGAUAAGUGCUCAAGCUGAUACUGUAAUACAGGAACAAUUGAUUGAGAAAUAUAUGCUUCUUCCUAAUCAAGUUUGGGAUGACAUUAUAAGCCAAGCAUCCAAAAAUGUGGAUGUCUUGAAGGACCAAGAAGCUGUAAAACAACUCGCCAGCAUCUUAAAAACAAAUGUUAGAGCUUGCAAAGCUCUUGGACAUCCGUACGUGAUACAAUUAGGGAAAAUAUACUUAGAUAUGUUGAAUGUUUAUAAGGUUAUGAGUGAAAAUAUAAGCGCUGCGAUAUCUGUAAAUGGUGAGAUAGUAAUGAAGCAACCUUUAAUCAAGAGUAUGAGAGUAGUGAAAAAGGAAACGCUGAAAUUAAUCUCAGAUUGGGUGAGCAGGACGAAUGACCAUCAAAUGGUGUUGGAAAACUUUAUACCGCCAUUGUUGGACGCCGUUUUACUGGAUUAUCAAAAAACGAAUGUUCAUUGUGCUAGAGAGCCUGAAGUGCUUAGUGCUAUGGCCACCAUAGUGAAUAAACUAGAAGCCCAUAUCACUAGCGAGGUGCCCAAAAUAUUCGAUGCAGUAUUUGAAUGUACUUUAGAAAUGAUAAACAAAGACUUUGAAGAAUUUCCCGAACACAGAACGAACUUUUUUCUUCUCUUACAAGCAGUGAAUGUUCAUUGUUUCCCUGCAUUUCUUUCAAUUCCGCCAGCCCAGUUUAAACUGGUUCUUGACUCAAUUAUCUGGGCCUUUAAACAUACAAUGAGGAAUGUAGCAGAUACAGGAUUACAAAUUCUUUAUCAACUUCUGUUAAACAUUGAACAGCACGAGCAAGCGGGUCAAAGUUUUUACCAAACAUAUUUUACAGACAUCCUACAACAUAUAUUUAGUGUUGUCACGGAUACAUCGCAUACAGCAGGCCUUACGAUGCACGCUACAAUUCUCGCUUAUAUGUUUACAUUAAUUGAACGUGGGAAAAUUCAGGUGCCACUUGGCCCUGUACCUGAUAAUACUUUAUACAUACAAGAAUUUGUUGCAAGAUUGCUUAGAGCAGCCUUUCCGCAUUUAACUGAUAAUCAGAUAAAAAUAACUGUGCAAGGUUUAUUCCAUCUUAAUCAGGAUAUCACUGCGUUUAAGGAACACCUCAGAGAUUUUCUCGUGCAAAUCAAAGAAUACACAGGCGAGGACGAUUCCGAGCUUUACUUGGAGGAACGAGAAACAGCUUUACGGCUAGCCCAAGAAGAGAAAAGGCGGCAACAAAUGGCUGUACCAGGCAUUCUUAAUCCCCAUGAAAUGCCAGAAGAGAUGCAGGACUGAAUUAAUCAUAGUCCGCGUAUCCUAUCAUUUUAUGCACAUUUGAUGAGAAACACUCUGUUAAAGGAAUUCUUGUAUCCUUUGAGCUGUAAUUAUCCCUUCGACAUCACCGUCAUCACCAUCAUCAAAAAUAGAUAAAAUAUUAAUUACUUACUAAAACCGAGUCUACAAAAGUAUAUCCUUGUUAAGGAGGUAAGCCCGAAACGUGGUGACUGUUUGUUUGUCUGUUAUAGGAUUUUAAAGAAAUUCGAGUUUCUGUUGUGGAUAUAAUGGGACAAUUGCCUGCUAGCGAUGCUAUUUCAUGUAACGAGAUAAAAAGAAUUGUUUCUCUCAGAGAGAAUCGAUUAUUUAAGAAACCUAGGAUAUAAAACUUUUACAGAUUAAUUCCCAUUAAUCAGAAUUAUAUAAAAAAAAAGAAAAAAACGGUGAAUAUGGCAAAAGUAACGUUACCAUUCUUCAGAAUUAUCCUCAAAAACGACUCGAUAUAUUGUAUGAUAAAUUUCUGUAUAAGGGAUUUCUACACGAAUACACACACACACACAUACACACACAGAUAUGUGAGAGAUCUAUAAUACUAUUAUAUUAAGUUUCGUUUUAGCAUUUCUAUGCGAGUUAAGAGAAUGCCUGUAGUCCACAGAAUUGUUUUGUGCACACUUUUGGCCAUUUAAAUUUACCGUUGGAUGGAUAUGAAUAUGUAUGUAUGUAUGUAAGCUUACUUGUGAUAGCUUAUACUAAUGUAUUGAUACAUGAAUUUGUUAUAAUAUAAAUAAUACACAAAAUU